AUGGCUUUGACUCUUCCAAUCGCUUCUUCUUCGUCUCCCUCUCCUGGCAAUUCUCCCGUUUCAGUAGAUGGUUCUGUUCCCCCUCAAACUCCGAUCACUCCUACCGCCGGCCAAACCCUCUCACUUCCCUUGGCAUCCUCCCCUGAGCAGAACAAUAACAUCCAAUCACAAAGUUCUAGCACAGCCCCAAUUAACGGCGCUGUUACACAGGUUAAGCGGAAGCCCAGUCGCCGAGCCAAUACCGCUGAAAGGCGUGCUACUCACAAUGCAGUCGAGAGACAGCGCAGGGAGACUCUCAAUGGCAGAUUCUUGGAUCUUGCUGGGCUGCUUCCCAAUCUUUCGCAGAUCCGCAGACCUUCCAAGUCUGCGAUCGUCAACUCUUCGAUCGCUCACGUUCACGCGUCAAGGCGUCACCGUUUCCUAGCUUCGCGGGAGCUGCGGGCUCUAAAGCAAGAAUCUGAUGCCCUUCGUCGGGAACUCAACGAAUGGCGUGAUCGUGCCGGCCUUCCCUGUGUGGAAGAGCCCGUUCGUGGAGAAGGCUUUUCUAUGGUCCUCAAUGGCGAGGUCGAAAUCCUUGCAGCUGUCAUCGGAGAGGAAGAUGAAGAAGGUCAGGGGUAUGACGGAUAUGAUGAGGGCGACGAUGAAUUCGCUGGUUCGAUGCCAAAUGCCAUGGACGACUCUGAGGAUAUUAUGCCCUCUGCGCCAAUAGUCAAGAACGGCAUGUAUGCCCAUGGGAGUGCUCCCCCUACUGAUGUCAAUAUUGCGCAUUUGAUGUCACGUGCCCCGCCCAACUCGCACGGUGCUCCUAUGAUCGCUCAGAUGCAUUCAUCUGUUUCCUUCGAGAACCCAGAGAUGCCUUCGGUAUACGAACCUCGGGUGAAUUUUGCCGCAGCCCCCUAUAUCGGACACCAUCCCGCUAUGGAACAACAUAAUAUGAAAACGUGGUCGAAUAUGUACAACGCCUAUCACCCUCAACACCCCCACCAACUCCCAGUGCAGCGUAACUUGAUCACACCUCCCAAUGGCUCACACAUGGGACCGUCAGCGACGACCGGCAAUCACUUUGGGGACCAAGCGGCUCUUGCCAACCUCAAACGCCAGCAACUGCUCGCUCUCCAGCAGCAUGGUGCCAUGGGGUAUAUCGCUGAUGUCGACGACACGUCAUCCGUCGGAUCUGGUCACAGCAGCCCCGGCUCUGGAUACGGCUCACCAUCACAUGGGGCUUCGUCUAUGAGCUACGAGAUUGCAAACGCCCUCCCCGAUUAUGGUCUACCCAAAAGGCUGAGCCUGGGCAACCUCCACAUCAACACUGGUAUUGCAGGGUCGUGGAGCGGCGGCAGGGUCGAGGAUGGCAUGGGAGGCAUGAUGACGAAGCAAGGUUUGAGCGUCCCGAUAAAUGUUGGCAAUGGCGGAGGAUAUGGCAUGAUGAUCUGA